GCGUACGUGAGCAAGAGGGCGCGUGUGGGUGUGGUUAUACUCCUACCCCCACCCCCCACACACACCCCCACAACAUUACUUAUAGAAGCCGCUACACAACCCAGCCGAUAUAAUCACUCGCUUUUCCACGUGUUGCGGAACGCUCCGUUACGCCGCCCACCCACAGCCACCCGUUCUCGCGUCCCUCCUUCCACCGGCCCAAGUCACAAACCACUAAGCCAGCCAGAUAGCUAACCCUACCAUCCUGCCAGUUAGCCUAGCCCACCGGUCAGUCGGCCAGUCCGCUAGCUAGCCCCACACUACAUUGCAGCCGGGACAAUCCACCAGCAAAGCCACUCCAACAGUCGGCCAGGUAGUCCAGCAGACAAUUCGCGGGUCACACCGACCGGCCAGCCAGACAGUGACCCACCGAACCGGCUCGCCACCGCAACCCAUCAUCAUCUUAGCGCGCCCACCCCUCCCCUCGAACCUAAACGGCAGCAAAAACGGCGUCGACCACGGAGUGUCUGAAGCGGGCGAGGCUCGCGGGGGCAUGUCGCCUGUGCGCCAUGGCCUCGGUGGAGGCCAGCCAGGGCCACAAGCCGUUCAAACAGCGCAAGAGUCUGGCUACCCGGAAAGAAGAGGUGGCAGGGAUCCGAGCCAAGUUCCCCACUAAAGUCCCGGUGAUUGUGGAGCGCUACUCACGGGAGAAAACGCUUCCUCCUCUCGACAAAACCAAGUUCCUGGUGCCUCGCGAAGUCACCAUGAGCCAGUUCGUCAGCAUCAUCAGGAACCGCCUGCUCCUGCGCUCCACGCACGCCUUCUACCUCAUGGUGAACGGUCGAGUCGUCCCCUCCAUGGCCGCCAACAUGGCCGACAUCUACGUGGAGCACAAGGACGAGGAUGGAUUCCUCUACAUGACCUACGCCUCCCAGGAGAUGUUCGGCUGAGACGACGACCAUGAUGAUGAUGACGAGGAGAACCGGUCGAUUACGGGUCCCUAAUUCUUAUAUUCCUGUGAUACUGAAACCUCAUUUGUGUUUUUUUAACCGAUGAGGUGUGGUUGUUGUGGCGGUGGUGGGUGUCUAAGAUCGCCUAUCUCUGUCGUUGUGGGGUGGUUGAGGUUGUUUUGUUGUUGGGGGAUGAGGUUGUUGGUGGUUUUUGGCGAGGUUGUGGACCGCGUGCGAGAGUGACAUUUUGGCGGUGGUGAUGGAGGGGGGGUGGGGGGAAUGCCUUCUUGGUGUCAAAUUGGAGACGAUUGCACGAGGUGGGAGAGGGGAAAUGUUGCAGAGUCCUUCCCACAAGAUUCCGCAAGCGCGUGGCCUGGUUCCUGGUUCGCGCGUCGAGACAUUCGCAGCAGGAGGCGGCUGCAGCUCCUUGGGCGCCUGUGGCCGAUUAAGCUCGGUGGGCCUCGGCUGGUAAAAUACAAAUACGAUGUUUAGAAGAGUUUAGUUUCUUCAAACACGUGCCGGGGUUGGUCCCCUCGUGCGAGUGUGGGCGGAUUACCCUCAUCCAGCAGUGGAUUGACAAAACAAGGGGGCUUGUACAGUACACAUCCCACCCAAACAUGGUGUUUUACGUUUCCACCAAUCUCUCUCCCCCCCCACUCCACCUCGGGGGGGGGGGGGGGGGGGGGCACAGCUCAGGGCGUUCGCCGAGGUCGUUAGCGGGGAGCGAAUGAGAUUGAAGGUGGUGGUGGUAACGUGGCCAUGUGUGUGUGUGUAUUGCAGGUGAUGAGUGGGUCAGUGUCUGUGUGCCAGUUUGUGUGUAAUGAGGGGGGGGGGACGCCAUGUGCCCGUGUGUGUUGGGUGUCUGCUGUGAGUUACGUCUCGUGUGUAUGCGGAAUGUGCGCUGUUGUGUCCUUUGGGGGGGGGUGGGUGGUGGUGCUUGUGUGUGCGCUACGAUGGCCCGGGUUCGAUGUUCUGGUGCGGUGUCAACAUCGCCGCUCGGGAGCCAGAGGCGGCCGUGCGUGGUGCAGGCCACACUACCCCCCCCCCCCUCGUGUGCCGUCCCGGCCUUCAUAGAUGCUUCUCCCUAACAACAUUUCCCCCAACAGUUAAAGGCUAUACGGGGAGGGUCUUUGCCUAGUGGGGGUGAAUGUUAGGGGGGGGGGGGAUUGAUUGUAAGUGCAUCGUGUGUGUAAUUGCAUAGGGUGAUGUGUAGGAGUGCAUGGUGCGUGCUUCGGGGGGGGGGGGAGGGGGGGGGUGGUACGUGUGUCUCGGAGGCACCCUUUAAAUGCGUGGAAUAAUUUAAACGGAUCGCGAGACGCCUUUUUUUAAUGUAAAUUUGAAUGUCUGACUACUCCUAACAAGCUUGUUUUGCGUCGAUGUAGUCUCCUUUUAAAACGUUCGCGUCUUUGGAGCCGCAAGUCAAAUGACGUUCUAGACCAUUUACUUUUUAAUGAUAAUAUAUAAAAUUUACAAAAAAUAAUAAUGCGGUCUUCAGCUAAAUUACGGUGGUAGUUUUUUUAAAAUGCUCCGUCCUGAUCGUAACUAUACUCCUGCUGCACAAACACGACAUGCGUAAAAACCGACAACUUUUUACCCAAUUGUGUUUAUUAAUAAAUCUUCGCGUCUGGGGAAGGUGAUGAUGAUGGUGAUGGGUGGUGGUCUCACAGGAGCCCGUGUGUAACCAUUACCAUGCAGUCUCUCGCCUAAUUUAUAACACAUCGUUGUGCCGCGUGGACCCCGUGACCGCGCGCGUGCCCGUUUGUUUUAGCCGUUGCGAACAACGAUUUAAAUAAAGUUGAUUUACAAAAAA